CCUGCGCAUUGAAGCCUUCUGGUGGGGUCAUUUCCAACAGCGCGAGGCGUAGCUUACGCAAGACGUGACCUGUACAGUGGGAGGCGCUUGCUUUGACCUAGUGCAGCGGCCGGAGGAGAAUAUGGCAGCGGUAGGAAGCUUCUCAGUGAAGGUUCGUUCCUUCAGCACCAGUGCAGUCCGGCCAAUUUCCAAACUGGUCAAGCCUCCUAUUCAGGUGUAUGGGCUGGGGGGUCGCUAUGCCACUGCACUGUAUUCCGCUGCUACAAAGGAGAAGAAGCUGGAGCAGGUGGAGAAGGAUCUGACUAGAGUAUCGACACUUUUAAAGGAUCCCAAGUUGUCUUUCGUGGUCACAAACCCACACAUUAAACGCACUCUCAAACAAAAGACUGUCGGUGAUAUCUUGGCAAAGGAGAAGUUUUCCCCUCUGACUCUCAACUUUGUCAAUUUGCUUGCUGAGAAUGGUCGCCUGAAUCAGACGUCUGAUGUGAUCUCUUCAUUCGUGAAGAUCAUGAGCGCACACCGGGGGGAAGUUCUGUGCUCUGUCACUACUGCUUCACCCCUGGAUGCAGCGAAUCUGACGGAACUGAAAUCUGCUCUCAAUGGCUUCCUGGCUAAGGGGGAAACAUUAAAGUUGGAGACAAAGACUGAUGCAACUAUCCUCGGAGGAAUGAUUGUCAGCGUGGGAGACAAAUACAUUGACAUGUCCACAAAAGCCAAGAUCCAGAAACUGACCAAGAUUAUGAAAGAGACGGUGUAACUGAUUAAUCCCAGACUGCUCUGUUCUACCCGCUGUAUUUCCGGCAGCACCAAAUCACUAUAAUAAAUCAAUUCCGAGUGUA